AACGCAUCAAACAGUGUUAUGAAAGUCACGUCAAAGUUAAGUGCAUAGGGUUUUGUGCGCGAAAUGUAACUUUCCUAAGUCAGCGACGUUCAGAUUGUGUCGAUAUCGCUUCUCUGAUGUCGAAUAGUUCAUGUAGUUUUAAAAAAUGAAUAAUGUCUGUUUAUUUCCCGGAGGUAUUCGACGCAUCUCCCCAAACACCGACUUACAAUGGGCGUGAAUUUCUCCACGAAUCAGGCACAAUCAACACAGUGUUUGUUGUUUCGUGAGAAAUAUAAAAUGAAACAGUAAUGGGCUGCCCUCGGCCAAUCAGAGACGCGCUUCAACUAAAGCUUUCUGACAUUUGCUAUUAAUCUGGCCUCUCGCAGAAAGGUGCACAAUUCUUCUAAAACGUCGUCAACUAGCCAAGCAAAUCGGAUGUGGACCAAGAACAACGACACGACAUUUCCACUCGGCAUGAAUACUGAUCCUCAUCUAGAAGACAUGGAAAUUGACAAGAACGACAAAUCGAAACCUAACGGUAAAUUAUAUUCGCUUUCUUUUUUCUUGGAGAAGAAGUUUUCGGCGCCUUCCUUGCAGUGUUUUGUGUCUAGGACUUGGUUCCCUAACUUUUCAGCGGAAACAUUUCUUUAUUCACUUUCGAUUUUCAUUUGAUCCUUCAAGGACGUCUGUUAGAUAUUCCCUGCAAAGUGUGCGGUGAUCGAUCCUCGGGAAAGCAUUACGGAAUUUACGCAUGCGACGGAUGCAGUGGAUUUUUCAAGAGAAGCAUUCGAAGGAACCGUUCCUAUACUUGCAGAGCGACAAACGGGAAGGGAAACUGCCCCGUGGACAAAAUCCAUAGAAACCAGUGUCGUUCCUGCCGUUUGAAAAAGUGCUUCGAAGUCACCAUGAACAAAGAUGGUAAGCAGAUUCAUUCUUUACGGUUAAUUACUAUGGGCGUUGCGUAGGGAAAUUAUUUUAAGCCUUGCACUGUAAGCACGAACGGACAUUAGGGUGGAUGCGUUCACUUUGAGUUCCUCGCAAGCGAUAUCACCUCACUUGCCGGCAUUGUUAGCUUUAUUUAUUAAUAAGGUACAUACGAACUUCGGAUUUCAACUAAAUUUAACAUGGUCCUUAAAUACGUAUAUUUACAUUUCUCCUAUUAACACCCUCUAAAACAAGCAAGGUCGAUCGUUUAAUCGUUAAUCGCAUUCUCCAAGAUCUCGUUAUUUAAUCUGGUUGACUUUCAGUUCGCGUAAAGAAUGGAGGCCUGAAUACGAUACCGCGCAAACCUUGAAGAACCAACCUUCCUCGAAUUAUUUCGGUUUAUAACGAUAACAUUCUAAUUUCAAGCACAUUACUCAUUAAAUGCAUGGGUUGUUUUAUGAAAUAAGCACUUUCCAAACCGGAUCUUGGGAAGGAUAAAUUGAAACACUCUCAUUUUUUUCCUCGAUCUUUCAAAGCAGUUGAGCCGAAAAAAAAUAAUAAUUACAGAGUAGAAUUCGAAGCGAACUCUGCGGUUCUCUUUUGUUUUCAGUCUCUUUCAGAUAAAAUCAAUUUCGCCAAAGCAUUACUUUGUAAAUGGAUGGUCUUCCCUUUGUCCGCAAGCGUAGAGCUAAACGGAGCAUUAUAAUAAAAUUACGCUAAAAUACCUUUUUUCUCUAUUGAACGUAAAGAAUUAGUGAUUGAUUUUCGAGCCAAACUUUUAACUUGAGGCACAGUUGUCAUAGUUUUGAAGUAGAAGUCAUUUAAAAGUCAUUUUGCAGGCGGUUCCUUUUAAUUCCAGAUAUAAAUACCGUUUUGUUUUUAGCAAUGAAAAAACGUUUGGCAAUGGAAAAAUCAUUUUCUUAACCUCUUCUUCACUUUAAUUUUCAUGGCAGUUUUUAAAAAAACUUUAUGAAAUAAAUUGAAAAAUAUCCCUUGAGCGAAACGACGCAAGAAAGUUUUCCUUCCCUUUUUUUAAGUAUUAAAUACCGCGGUCUUUGAGAUUCGUCGGGAAUUUGGUCCAUAGACAGGCGUGUAAAAUAAUUCUUUAACCUUAAAAAGUUGGGAAAUAGAUUUCAAAAAAGGCCAUGAAUAGAUUUUCUCUUGUAUCCAAUCAAAACAUCUUUUAACCUAAAUUUAAGCGAGUUUUUUAAUGACACAAAAUAAGCUAGAUUCCAUGGGCACAUAGCUCAUUUGUUUCAGGAUUUAGAAUAAUCCUUGAAUCAUUUACAUAUGCAGUUAGUAUGCCUUUCCUUUUUUUUUUCCUGGAAAUUGGAAAUCUUACCAAGCUUUGACACUGAAUGAAAUGAAAUUUAAAUUUCUUUACACUCUUUGAAAAAAGGAAAAUGCACAGUUUCCUUUCGACAGGAAGGACAACAUCAAUGAGUUACAAUAAGUUCAUUAGUUGGAAAAAUCGUAAAAGAACGUGUAAUUAACGCCAGAAAGCCACAGGAAAAUUGCACGCUUUUCAACUUCUGAGCUUUUCUGGUCAACAAAAGCUUAGGAUGAAAUGAAGGCUUCUGCGCGGAUUUUCAAUUGCUUUUAAGAGCCGUCGAGAAAACGAAAACUGAUUCGGUUCAAAAAUGGGCCCCAAGCACACCACAUGAGUUUAGAAGCCAUAAAUACGUUCCAAGCGUUUAAACUUAUUUAAAAUAUAGGAAAUCCUUUUCUUUAUCACGAUGGAAAUUCACGGCGUUCGGUCGAUGAACGUUUGAUAUAGCCGAAAAAGAAAGCGUUUUUUUGCAAAAGGGUAUUCGAUCGAGAUGUCUUAAUGAAGAUUUCAGAGAACUGUUUUUUUUCUUCGAGGCAAAACACCAGGAAUUAACUUUUAUUCAUCUUGUUAUUUCUGAUUUUAUAAAAAUUAAAACCAGAAACUGUUUCCGAACCCUCGAAGUUUUAUCGAAUUUUAUUGGCGGUUCAUAUUUAGCGUAGAACGUGUCUAUAGUAUUUAAAUCGAUUUUAAACAUGUCGGCUUACGUUUGUUGGUUUUUAAUGAAAACUGAAACAAGCUCUGGAUGAGUCUAAGUUCACAUAAGAUUACAUUAAGUUUAUCUUAAGUAUUUUGCACCUUUCUAAAUUGCCACGCGCUAACGCAGAGCUCAACAAAUAUACAGGUUAUCAAGAAACAAUUUACUCAUGGCGAAGCAAUCGCUCGACCAAAAUAAGGAUUUUUUGUUUAUAGGUUUAAAAUCAUAUUUCAUCAAAAUUGCAACGUUGUAACAAUUUUCGUGAGGAUUGCCUGCUUUGUUUCUCAAUGCCUGAGACACCCAAAUCAAAGAUAACUAUCAUAUGAGCGGAAGAGAGCGUUUUGCGGAGAAGUAAAGCAACAACGUUAGCUGAGAUCGUUUUUGAUCGGCCGGGUCUACUUAACUCCUCGGAUAUAAUAUCCCUCUUUUUUAAGUUAGAAUUCCGGAAUACACCCAAAUGCUGAUCUAAGCAUUUUGCUCAAGGAGAGCAGACCCCUGGUGAGGUCAGCGGAAAGUUUUGCUCGUUUUCACGUUUUCAGUCAAGAGACGAAGGAAUCGAUAAGGUCUCAGCGUGAAGAUAUCGUUGUUAUCUUUCGUCCAUCAUGUAGCAAUUCGCUAUGUGAAGACAUUUCGUUGGUUCCGAGAGUUUUGUUUUCUAGACUUGGUCAAGUCUGUAAUUAGCAUUUAAAUUGUCUCUAAGAAAUCUACUUUUUCUUCUUAUUUCUUCUCUGAGAGAAGUCUCAGUUCUUACGUCAAGAACGUUUUCAAGGAAAAUAGUCAUGCCACGAGCUGUUCCUGUAUUAUCUUUCAUAGCAACAGUAGUAUACAUACAAGAGCUAUGCGAGUUACUUCAGACAUUGAAUUUUAAUCGAGGUUUUCUUUGUUUUGGUUUCUAAGUUUCAUCGGUGAGACUCCCACGGCGAGGAUCUGCGAAAUUCCGUUGCUAAAAGGGAGAUAAUUCAAAUUGCGGCGAGACAGAAAUAUUUACUAGAUCAUGAAAAAAAUGGCUCAGAAAGGUCGGGAGGCAAUUUAGCUUGGACACGUCGUUUCUUGAUGAGUGAACGUUUAGGCUCGUGGCUAACAGAACAGAUCAAAAAGUUAAGAAGCGAUGAAAGUAAAGAAGUAGACGAAAGAGUGUUCAUAAAGUUUGGCUCACAAUACUCCCCAAUACGAUUGUUGGGUAGAUCUGUUCAAGAAUGGGGUUCACGCACUAAUUCAGUCAGCUCUUUUCUGCGAAAAUACUGAUUUACGUCGGGUUUGCCUGUUUUUCGGGCUUUAGUAUUUAUGAAAAGUGUUUGCGCUGACAGCAAUCGAGGUGUCUUCUAAUAGAAAAUGAUGGAUAACUUUUGGUAUGAAUUUCUAUCAAUUAGCUGUUAAGAGGGAAAAAAAAGACUUUCUCUCCAUCCUUACUUGACAAUGUGUUAACGACAUACUCAACUUGCAAACGUGAAAUUUCAUUAUCACUUUUAAUAGGCGUCAAAUUAAAUUGACGCUACCAAUGAAAAGUCGAAGGGGACAAAAAUACCCCUUGGUAUUGAUCUAUCGAGUUUCGACCCACCGAGUUUCAAUUAAGAUAUCUGCAGGGAUGAAAAGUAUCUGCACACUUCGAGGAACUCGAUGGAACUAAUUUAGCUAUUGUUGGACAGAAAACGGAAAGUAUUUUGAUUUCAUCUGUCCCUUAAAUAAUUAAUCUAAUCAAGGUUUUUAGGCUCCGCUAUCAGGAGAUCAAUAGUACAUAUACUAUACAAAGUUUUUACCCAUUAAAAAUCCAUUACCAAUUUGAAUUCAAUCAGGUUUAGUUGUUUGACUACGCGCACUUAAUUUAACAAGCGUUUCUGGUGCUGAAAUCUUAGUUUUUCCUUAAAGGAGUUCUUUGUUGCGACUGAAGAAAACAAGUUUUUUGUGUAGUCUCCUUUUUCCUCUUUGUUAUUUUAUUCAAACUUCUCUGACUUAUGGCACAUUGUUCAAGACAAACUUCUAUGACAACGUUAAAACGACAUAAUCUUCUUGAUUAUCUUGCUAACUUCGAUUAAGGACUUUCAGACAACUGAAACAUUUUCUAACUGAAGUCACCCACUUCUGGCGAAAAAAAUCCCCCUAUAUCAGCAAUUUUGAUUCAAUGCAUCCUUAAUAUAUUACAUUUUUUAGAAAUACGCAUGAUGUUUAAUCGAAACAGAUAACUGAUAAAAAGAAAACCUUCAGUGCUCUCGCACACCACUUAAGUCGCGUUAAAUGAAUUCUUUUCGUUCGUUUAUCAGAAAUCAGCCUUUGAAAAACAAAGCUGGCGAUAAUCACUUUCAAGAGGCGAUAAUUAAAGUAACAGUUUUCACAGAAUUAUCGGCAGGGAGUCAACAUGACAUUAAUAAUUCAAACUGUCUCAAUAUACUUCGCAGCAGUGAGUUCUCUCAGGCUGAAGAUCAAACCGUCUUGGAAAAACAAAACAACCUGUUAAGCACCUGCGCUCAGCUUUUGAACAGAAACUUGUUGUGAAGAGAGUGAAUUUAAGUAAAAUAUCACUUUGUCAAAGACUCGUUGAGCUAGAAAGCCAUUCGACCACAGGAAUACACAUACCAUGCUUCUUAUACCAUGCUUCUUCAUUUCUUUGUAUCGAACCGCUGAAUAUUCUCGUCGAAUCGGUGGUUUCAAAACACCCAAAUUAAUUAAGAUUUUAUUGAAGUCUGUGCUUUGAUUGCAAACGCAGUCGUAUUCUAAUGACAAAUAUUACUUUUAUAACGAACUUGAUUAUUAUCGGCAAGUCUUUGACGUUGUGCGGGUGGGUGUCAUAUCUUCGAAUGUAGAUUCUUUGCUUUGGGCUGGGUUAGUUGUGAGUUUAGUACUAUGUCUUUAUCACAACUUACAAACAUCUUCUAAUUGCACGUAAUUUUCUUGUAUUUUCCCUCGUUGUUCUUGAUUAUCACCUCUGAUUUGAUUUAUCGUGGUGAUAUGACCUCCCUAAUUGACAGAAAUAUGAAUAUUUAAUGAUAAUUCUUAGGGCACGUGGAAGAUCUAAAGAAGUGAUAAAGAAAAUUUCAUAACAAGGAUAGCACACGCUGUUUUGGCUCGUGGACACCUCAUUUGUGUUUGAAUAAGGCAUUAUAAUCUUUUUUUGACUAUUAUUAAGUUUAUUUCAUUUUAUUACCAACUGAUCUUGAUUGAUCUUGACGGUUUUGCCGAAGGCUCGUUUUUGUAUUGAGACUGGUUUGUUUUUAAGGCAAUUAUGAUUGUUUGUACUACUUUAAGUAUCGCACCACCGGUUAAAUCUGCAAAGAAGAGUCUCUCACACUUUCAAUUUUUCAUAAUUUCCAAUUCAAGUACUGUUCAAAUAAAAAAAUACAAAAUAAAACGUCGCAAAAAAAAGCAGGUAAAUAAGUACGAUGACGAUACGACAGUGGCACUAACAGUUUCCUUCGACCACGCUCUUUGCGUAAAAAACUGCUCUUCUUUGUAGGAAAUUUAAAAGACGGCAACAUCAGCUUCACCGGAAUAAAUUUAAGUCAGCUUCGGAAACUGUCGCCAACUUUGGGCGACACACAAUCUAGGUUGUCUUGUGAUUGGUAUAUAGUUUUUCUUUUCUUUUCCAUUCUUUUUUUUUUCCUAUUUCGACUCAUUCAGUCUCCUUUCCUGUCACAGCUCAUCACUCGUCUUGAUUCUUCCCGUUGGAUAAAAAAAUUUAAUCUCGAUUGCUUUCGUUCUCUAAAAUUUCAUCACGGUAUGUUUUAAAAUUUAAUACUAAGAGUUAACCGAAAAAAAAGUGAAUUGGAUGAUUUUCUUCGAGAAAAUUCCACCGAGAAAACGAGUGCGCUAAUAAUGACAUCCGGGAUUUAAGGCGUGCCUCAGGUGACCACUGAUGUCCUUUUAAUCCGUACAGCUGUCCAGCACGAGCGUGGACCCCGAAGCUCCACCCUCCGGAAGCAAAAGAUGCUAAAAGAGGCCCAGGACAGAAUGGAUGGCGCUACCACUACAGCGCAUGUGCAGCACAAUACAAGCGGCUUCAUCAAUACCCUUCUAGCUGCAGAAACUUGCAUGGAAGGCUGUCAAGUACCGGCCAACGACUUUGAUCUUGGAUUGGAAUUUAAACCAAUCAGAUUUCAGUCGGAUUUUUCGGUGUCUAUGUACUAUUCCAAUCCCGAAGCUGUAUGUGAGGCUGCCGCUAAGCUGCUGUUUAUGUCUGUAAAGUGGGCCAGAAAUAUUCCUUCAUUCAUGAGUUUACCUUUUAGAGAUCAGGUAAGAGAACGAUAACAAGCUGUUUCUUGUUAAAAGCGAAUUUUUUUGAACCGUUGAUAAGUUUUUCGUAGUCUAUACUAAACGUUGUCACUUCAAUUAAAAUUUCAAUUGAAACCCCUUGCCUCUCUAAGUUAGGUGUUAGCAAUAGAUAAAGAGACUCUUGUUUAACUGGAUCCAAUCCAGGUUAUAUUGCGCUAACAUUUGUCAAACAAGAGGAGAGCGAGUCUUAUAACAUUUUUCUUCAGAAGACGCCAUAGUUUAAUCGCCUAUAGCCGAUUCAAACCACAUCGGCUAUGGUGAUCCCGCUGUAGUUGAUACCGCAUAGCUUUUCAAGGGAAACAUAAUUCCUAACUCCUUAAUCCUUAAUUUACUGUUAUCAUGCAUAGAGUAUUUUUUUAAAUGAAGCAAACGAGAAAAUAAGCUAUCAUAAAUAAAAUCUUUUAAGUCAAAAUAAAAAUUGUUGUUUUUGUUGUUAUUUGUUGAUGGCGCAAAACCAUAAUGCAGAACAACUUACCAAAUGAAAUCAAGAAACGAUUUACUAAAGAAAGAAAUGUCUUAACUCAUGAUGGUGCAUAUUUUUCCUAAGGUUAUUCUACUUGAGGAGGGUUGGCGCGAAUUGUUUUUGCUUGGUGCAAGUCAGUGGUCCAUGCCUUUGGAAAUUGCGCCAAUUUUGUCUGCGGCAGGAAUGCACGUAGACAACACGCCUCCCGAGACUAUUGUGGAUGUCAUGGCAACCGUACGCCUAAUCCAAGAAACAGUCAACAAAUUCAAGGCUGCAAAUGUUGAUUCUACCGAAUAUGCAUGUCUGAAGGCUAUAGUACUGUUUAAGCCGAGUAAGUGAACACGUGCUUGUUCAAUACAAGAUUCUCCGUCAACUUAAUUGAAACAAUUUUCAAACAUGGCACUAGAAUUCGAAGUAGAAAAAGGUAGUUAUGUAUAGGGGCAGGGGGAUCUGAAAAAGGAACUGUUUCCCUUUCCUACAAUCAAUCCCUGAUAAUCGACAUGCUAUUGAUCUUUCAGCUGCAUGCGGGCUCAAGGACCCGGAACAAGUGGAGUCCACUCAAGACCAGGCGCAACUCAUGCUUGGCGAAUACGUUCGUGCCCAAUGCCCUACUCAACUGGCCCGGUUUGGUCGCCUUCUCCUUCUCCUGCCAACCUUAAGACGAAUCAGUGCAAAAGAAAUCGAGGAGCUAUUCUUUAAAAAGACGAUUGGAACUGUUCCCAUAGAAAGAUUGUUGAGUGAUAUGUUUAAAAAUGAGUAA